ACCUAGGUGCAAAGUCUGAACAUUUGUUUCAGAUAAUAUUAAAAGUGUGUCAAAUGCAAAAGUGCGUUCAUGUGUCUCGUUCAGAUAAAUUGCAUGCACAGAUAGAUUCGCAUUAUUAUUAGCGUCGUUGGACCUUCUGCAGAGUGAUGAGUGCUGAGGACUAUGAUGUGGUGGUCGUAGGUUCCUGCAUGACUGACCUGGUCAGUCAGGCCCCAAGGCUGCCCAGAGUUGGAGAGACCAUCCAUGGACACAAGUUUUUCAUUGGCUUCGGUGGGAAAGGAGCCAAUCAGUGUGUACAGGCUGCUAGAAUGGGAGCAAAGACUGCAAUGGUCUGCAAGGUUGGCAAAGAUGUUUUUGGAGACAACUACAUACAGAAUUUUAAGAACAAUGGCAUAUCAACAGACUAUGUGGAACAGACCAGUGACGCUGCAACUGGAGCUGCCUCGAUCAUUGUGAAUGAUGCAGGUGAGAAUGCCAUCGUGAUUGUGGCUGGUGCCAACAUGCUGCUAGGAGACCCGGAGCUGCAGAAGGCGCAGGGGGCACUGAAUCAUGCCAAGGUGAUGAUCUGCCAGCUGGAAAUCAGCCCGGACACGUCUCUGAACGCCCUCCGGGCAGCGCGUAAGCAUCAAGUUAGAACCAUCUUUAAUCCAGCACCUGCUUUUCCUGACCUGUCCCCCGAGUUCUAUAAGUUGUCGGACAUCUUCUGUUGCAACGAGUCAGAGGCGGAAAUUCUUAUGGGUAAGACGGUUGCCACCUCAGAGGAUGCUGGGAAGGUAGCCCUGGAACUUUUGAGACGUGGGUGUGGCUCGGUCAUUGUCACACUAGGAUCCCAAGGCUGUGUAGUGCUAUCGUCACAAGACUCGCACCCAAAGCAUAUUCCAACAACCAGUGUCACAGCUGUGGAUACAACGGGUGCUGGAGACAGCUUCAUUGGGGCGCUGGCUUUCUACUUAGCUCAUUAUCCCUCUCUGCCUUUGGAGGAGGUAGCCAGACGGGCCAAUGUGGUUGCAAGCUUCUCUGUACAAAAAGAGGGGACCCAGACAUCUUUUCCCUACCAGAAGGACCUACGCGCAGAGCUCCUGUAGAUGAUAUCUACUGCUGUCACCGACUUUAAAGAACGGUAGAAAAUCAAAUCUUCAACAGAAUUCCAUGUAAGAGUGGUUGUACAUCAAAAUGAGAAACAAUAUAAUGAAAAUGUGCAAUGUUCUGAGAGAUUACUUCAAUUAUGCUAUUAAUCUAUUUUACUGGUUUCAAAGUCGUGAUGCAGUGACAAUAAAGUUGAGUAUAUCGCUAUUCAAUAA